GGGCGGCUGUAGGAAACGAAAUACCUUGGAUUUGUUUAUUUUAUUCUCUCUCUAUCAUUUUCAUAGACGACGGUUUUUUUUAGAGAUGCAAUCGCUCUUCAAACCCUCCACCUUCACUUCUCAUCCACAUCCGUUACAUACCGUCCCGAAAUAUCGGAUCCGAAAAACCGGGAGGAUGCUAGGAAUAUCGUGUGCGUCGGAUCCAAUGCCGGAUCUGUUGGUGGAGAAGAAGCUGGGGAAGGAGGUGAAGCUAUGGGGCGGGCGAUUCGAAGAGAGCGUAACGGAUGCAGUGGAGAAGUUCAGCGAAUCGGUAUCGUUCGAUAAAGAGCUCUACAAGCACGAUAUAAUGGGGAGCAGAGCACACGCCACCAUGCUCGCGCACCAGUGAUGUAGGGCUUGAUGACUGCCAGUGAUAGAGAUAAGAUAUUGCGAGGUCUUGAUGAAAUAGAGAGGAUGAUUGAAUCAGGGAAAUUUAUCUGGAGAGCUGAUAGGGAGGAUGUACAUAUGAAUAUUGAAGCAGCACUUACAGACAUGAUUGGGGAACCUGCAAAAAAGCUGCACACUGCUAGAAGUCGAAAUGAUCAAGUGGUAACAGAUCUUCGCCUAUGGUGUCGAGAUGCUAUAGAUGGGAUCCUCACCAGAAUUAAACAACUUCAGGUAGCACUAGUGAAAUUAGCUUUAAAAAAUGAAGGCCUAAUAGUUCCAGGAUAUACACAUCUGCAGAGGGCUCAGCCUGUUCUACUACAACAUCUUCUUUUGUCAUAUGUUGAGCAGCUCGAACGUGAUGCUAUUCGGUUCGUAAACUGCAAAAAUGGGUUAAACUUUUGCCCGCUUGGUGCUUGUGCAUUGGCUGGUACUGGCCUUCCAAUAGAUAGGCACAUGACUUCAGAUGCUUUGGGGUUUACUGCACCUAUGAGGAACAGCAUCGAUGCAGUAUCAGACAGGGAUUUUGUUUUGGAGUUCUUGUCCACUAAUUCUAUCACUGCUGUUCAUCUUUCUCGACUUGCCGAAGAAUGGGUUUUGUGGGCAUCAGAAGAAUUUGGGUUCUUGACCCCUAAUGAUUCGGUCUCAACUGGAAGCAGCAUCAUGCCUCAGAAGAAAAAUCCAGAUCCGAUGGAACUUGUUCGUGGAAAGUCCGCAAGAGUUGUAGCAAGCCUGGUCAGUCUUCUUGUAUUGUGCAAGGGACUCCCACAAGCUUACAAUCGUGAUCUGCAGGUCAGUCCAUUCAUCAGGAAGGCCACAUGUACACUAAAUGGGGACCCUUGGCAUUUUCUAGAACCAUCCAUUGUUUUCAACAACAAAAAAAAAAGUGGCCCAGCUGACAAGUCAAUUGGCAUAAUUCUCAGAUUGGGCCUCGCCUACAAAGUGGGCUCAUGCGAUGCAUGUUUCCAGCAUCCCAUGUCAGAACAGGAAGACAAGGAGCCGCUAUUCGACAGUGUUAAAACCAUCAAAGGAAUGCUUGAGGUGACCGCAGAGUUUGCACAGAACAUCACGUUCAAUCGUGAGAGAAUACAAAGGUCUCUACAUGCAGGGCAUCUUGAUGCCACUACACUUGCAGAUUACUUGGUCAAGAAGGGUGUACCCUUUAGGACUUCUCAUGAUAUAGUUGGGAGAGCCGUUGCAUUUUCCCUCUCAAAAGGCUGCCAGCUUUGUGAGCUGACUCUCGGGGAGCUAACAAGUAUAAAUCCCGUGUUUGAUGCGGAUGUUUACGAUUUCCUUGGUGUCGAAAACUCAGUUGAAAAGUUCUGCUCAUAUGGAUCAACGGGCUUGGAACGUGUGGCUGCGCAACUCAACUUCUGGGUCAACACACUCAACAUUGACAGUCACCAGGAGCCAUAGAGGCAUGCAAGAAAGGAAAUUUCACCUACAAAUGCAUGGAUGAUAUUCAUUUUUGAACUGUGGAUGUGCUGGCUUGGGCAUUAAUGCUUGUCCUCAUUGAAUGGUGCACCCGUUCUUGAGCCGGGCCCAUGUACCGGAGGAACCACCGGCGAUCUGAACUUUCCCAAGAGCAACUUGGCCAUUGAAAUCGUCCAUGACACCUCAUGCAUUGUUGUUAAAUCGACAAAUUCUCUCUCCGCCGUUAGCAAAGCAGGAUAUUUACUGUGUUUUGGUUGGGACUUAUGAGGAACAUAACUGCAAUUUAAGGUAUAUUUUGUGGUUAUGAACACUAUCCAUGCCUAUCCAAAAUGCAAAUCAUCGUAUUCAUUCUUAUGGAAACGGGAAUGAAAAAGAGGAUUAUUUUUUCUCUCUCAA